GAUCUUCCAACUUUGUUGUGAUUCCGGAUGAAAGCCCAUCUCCGCAAGGCCUCCAACCCAACCGAAGGAAAAAUCAGAACUCAAACGACCUUGACAAAUAACCCUGUUAACCGCUACCAAGAGCACUCUACAAAUGAGACAGGCCUUGGACGUAUUCAUGAGUCACUUAAUGAUCUUCGACUUCUGGAACAGGAAGUCAGCCGGUAAAUAUAACAAUGCCAUACCGAUCCGGCCAAUCUUCAGGAAGUUGUUCGGUCACAUGCAGCUUUGGAACGCUCCAGAAUGUUCGAAAUCGCAGUCUAUGAACGAAUCAAAGGCUGGGCCUGGUAUUUUCAUAGCUAUUGAAGGUGCUGAUCGUACGGGAAAAACCACACAGGCGUCAAUGCUCGGGGAUGCACUCACAAAGCUGACAGGAACUAAAACGCUAUUGGUCAAGUUUCCAGACAGGCAAACCACACUUGGUCAGUGUUUGGACGAUUACCUCAAGGGAUCACACAAGAUUGACACACACGCGCUUCAUUUGCUUUUCACGGCUAACAGAUGGGAAAGACAGGACGAAAUGCGGCAAGCUCUCUCCCACGGGACACCUGUAGUCGCUGAUCGGUACACUUACUCAGGAAUAGCCUAUACUGCCGCCAAGCCGCCUCCAACGCCAAGUUGGCAGUGGUGUUGCGAUAUGGAAAAGGGCCUCGUUGAACCUGAUCUUGUUAUUUGCCUCACUCCCGAACGUUUCGAGCAUCUUAAGGAGCGGGAUGGAUACGGCGGCGAACGGUACGAAACAGACGAUUUUCAACAACGCGUUCUCGAGAAUUACGUUCGUUUAUCCAAGGACGCUCAGUAUGCAGACUACAGUGACCUAGAUGUCGGCCGUCCCAUCAAUCAACAGAUCAACCCUCAACUAUGGCAUUUUGUUCAGGCGACGAACAAAACAGUUGACGAAGUUCACAAGUGCAUCAUGGCCAUUGUUAAAUCCAAACUAGAUCCUGUGCUGUCUUCGCGUAUCAUAAGCGAGUGAGUUGCCGCGGGCAACAUUGUUCAAACCCGGUCGAAGAAUUAUUGUCACUGCAAAUCCCACUGCAUGAAUUGUUUCAAUGAUUGAUUUCACGAACAAAAUGUUACACAUUGCACGAAAAUAAUAUACACUACAAUGCACGAUGGAGUCCCAUCUUAUCAUGGAGUGCCUACAACAGAACUGGAGGUAACAGACUUGCAAUUGUAACCAUUUCUGUGGACGAAGAUGCCACCGUAUUCCAUCAUUUAACCUCUAGGGCUGGAUCCAAGUUGAGGCAUAGGCAGCGUCGUAUGCGUAAUUCCAGCAAAGACCCCGAACGUAACCGAGGUCCUCUCAAAGUGAUUAGGUCGCAUACUUGUCAUGUGUUAGUCAUACAUGACCUCUGUACUACACUACACUGCACUCAAAAUUUGCGUACAAGGUGUAUCAUCCGCA